GCAGCGCCGGCGGCAGCUCCCUCGGCGGGAGCCCCCUCGGCGGGAGCCCGCCGCCCGCGGGCGGCAUGGAGACGUAGCGCGGACCGCCGGGGAGCUGUCAAAGAAAGUGAAAGAUGAAGCCUCUUGUUCUCUUGGUUCUUGUGAUCUGUACUGUAGUCAGCAUGAAUUUGAAGUUCGUGUCAAAGAGAAAUUCUGUUGAUGGUUGCAUUGACUGGUCAGUGGAUCUCAAGACAUACAUGGCUUUGGCAGGUGAACCAGUCCGAGUGAAAUGUGCCCUUUUCUACAGCUAUAUCAGAACUAAUUAUAGCAUGGCCCAAAGCACAGGUCUUAGGCUUAUGUGGUACAAAAACAAAGGAGAUUUAGAAGAACCCAUUAUAUUUUCUGAAGUUAGGAUGAGCAAGGAUGAAGAUUCAAUAUGGUUUCACUCGGUUGAGUUGCAAGACAGUGGUUUCUACACGUGUGUCCUAAGAAACUCAACCUAUUGCAUGAAGGUGUCCAUGUCCUUGACGGUAGCAGAGAAUGAAUCUGGGCUUUGCUACAACAGCAAGAUCAGAUACCUGGAAAAAUCAGAAGUCACUAAGAGAAAGACAAUCUCCUGUCCUGAUAUUGAGGAUUACAAAACAGCCAAUCAAGAGCCGGACGUGGUGUGGUACAAGGAAUGUAAGCCAAAAAUGUGGAGAAGCAUUGUAAUUCAGAAGGGAAAUACUCUCUUAAUACAAGAGGUCCAAGAAGAAGAUGGAGGAAAUUAUACCUGUGAACUGAAGUUUGAAGGCAAACUUAUACGAAGAACAACCGAACUGAAGGUUACUGCUUUGCUCACGGACAAGCCUCCAAAGCCAUUGUUCCCCAUGGAGAACCAGCCGACUGUUAUAGAUGUCCAGCUGGGCAACCCGCUGACCGUGGCCUGCAAAGCCUUCUUUGGAUUCAGUGGAGAAUCGGGCCCCAUGAUCUACUGGAUGAAAGGGGAAAAAUUCAUUGAAGAAUUAGAAGGUCACAUUAGAGAAGGCGAAGUCAGGCUCCUCAGAGAACAUCUUGGAGAGAAGGAAGUUGAACUGACGCUGAUCUUUGAUGCUGUGGAAGAGGCAGAUCUGGCUAACUAUACGUGCCACGUGGAGAACAGGAACGGACGGAAGCAUGCCAGCGUUCUGCUGCGCAAGAAGGAUUUGAUCUACAAAAUAGAGCUUGCUGGAGGAUUGGGAGCCAUCCUUCUUCUGCUUAUUUUGCUUGUGACCAUCUAUAAGUGCUACAACAUAGAGCUGAUGCUGUUCUACAGGCAGAACUUCGGAGGAGAUGAAGCGGCGGAUGACAACAAGGAGUACGAUGCGUACCUUUCGUACACCAAAGUGGAUCCUGAUGCGUUAGACUGUGAUAAUAACGACGAGGAGCAGUUUGCGCUUGAAAUUCUGCCCGACGUUCUGGAAAAGCACUAUGGAUAUAAGCUCUUCAUUCCGGAUAGGGACCUGAUCCCUAGUGGAACCUACAUUGAAGAUCUCACAAGAUGUAUUGAGCAAAGCAGAAGACUCAUUAUCGUGUUAACUCCAGACUAUGUUCUAAGGAGAGGAUGGAGUAUUUUUGAGAUGGAAAACAGACUCCAUAACAUGCUAGUCAGUGGAGAAAUCAAAGUUAUUUUGAUUGAGUGUACUGAAUUGAAAGGGAAAGUGAAUUAUCCUGAAGUGGAAUCUUUAAAGCACACCAUCAAACUUCUCUCAGUGGUCAAGUGGAAAGGACCAAAAAGCAGCAAACUGAAUUCUAAGUUUUGGAAGCGCCUAGUCUUUGAAAUGCCAGGGAAGAAAAAGGAGGUGGUGUCUCGGCGUCAGGUCCUGGAUUCUGCAGAACAGGGCCUUUUUGGAGACCUCCAGACUGUACCCUCUCUUGCUGUCACAGGCACUUCUGCCACGUUGGUAGAAUCGCGAGCUGAUUUAACUGAUUACCAUCAGGCAGAUUCUGUGCAAAUGAGACACUAUUGCAGAGGAUACGAAUACGAUGUGUCAGCAGCAACAUUGCCAAUAGCUUCCAUAAGUAACCAUCACACAUACUGUAACAUACCUUUGACACUACUAAAUGGACAGCUACCUCUUAACAGUACCGUGAAGGAUCCCCAAGAGUUGCACAGGAACAACCCAUUGCUACCUUUAUCAGCACAGGAGCUUAGCUUCACCAGUGAUAUUUGGUAGUGAAGAUCAGAACGCUUUUGAAACGCUUUAUGACCACCAUGAAGACGCAUUUUUAGAGAAC